AGAGGAAGGACGGAGGUCCGUGGCUCUGGGGUCUGGGAAGCAGGAAAGCGAGGGGCGGCACCGUGUUCCUUUAAAAGGGAAAACACUUUUCCCCACUGUCUAUCCAAUCUAGAUUCCUCUUCCCCUCUUAUCAGGGUUGCGGAAAGCGUAUCCCAGGACCGCGCUACGGCCCCGCCUCUUCUUGAGGACGGGCACGUGAUGCCGGAAGUGGGUGGGGGUAAUAUGGUGGCGUUUCCGGCAGGCCCCGGCUACUGAAAGCCGGGGCGAGGAGUAGGUCCGGGUCCGGAUUCCUGUCCCGGUCCCGCCGAGGCGGCGACUGCGAUAGGAGGAAGGACGUGUUGGACGCGCUGGCCCACCGCCACUAUACAUUGCAGCCUUAUCUCAACUCAAAAUGAACUAUAUGCCCGGCACCGCCAGCCUCAUCGAGGACAUCGACAAAAAGCACUUGGUCCUGCUUCGAGAUGGAAGGACGCUUAUAGGCUUUUUAAGAAGCAUUGAUCAAUUUGCUAACUUAGUGCUACAUCAGACUGUGGAGCGUAUUCAUGUGGGCAAAAAAUACGGUGAUAUUCCUCGAGGGAUUUUUGUGGUCAGAGGAGAAAAUGUGGUCCUACUAGGAGAAAUAGACUUAGAAAAGGAGAGUGACACACCCCUCCAGCAAGUGUCUAUUGAAGAAAUCCUAGAAGAACAGAGGGUGGAACAGCAGACCAAGCUGGAAGCUGAGAAGUUGAAAGUCCAGGCCCUGAAGGAUCGAGGCCUGUCUAUCCCUCGAGCAGAUACUCUUGAUGAGUAUUAAGUCUUCUGCUCAGAGGCUGUAGCUCUUGGGGAGCAGGGGCUGUCACCAAACCAAGUGACACAUUUGACGAGAGACUGCAGAGCUUUGAAAAGUCAUUUUUAUUUGGAAUUCUUUCACAUAUGCAACAUGAAGAAAUUGUGCGUUUUGUUUCGGUUUUUUUAAUAACAAAAUCAUUUAAAGAAACAGUGGCAUGGACUCCUUUCACACGUCACUGUGGAGCCAGCAACUUCUUUAUAUUGCUCUUCUCCCCCCAAAUUAAUGGUUACAGGGAAUAUUCUUCAUUUGCUUGUAAAUAAAAUAUGAAUCUCAAAA